CUGUCCUGCAUGUCCGACUUCCUCCGCCUGCAGCCUCAAACCACAAACAGGACCUUUGGACAGUUUUGGGAGUGGCUCAUCAAUGAAAAACAACUUGAUGUGUUUGGGAUGAAACUUCCUACUGGUUUCCAGCUCAUCGGACAAGUGGGCCUGUCAGACUAUACAAAGUGGCUCAGUCAUUAUUCCACCAAGAAGCAAGGCAACCCCAGUGAACCCAUCACAUGUCGUUCAUACGCCAGGGUUGGAUUAAUUGGAAAUCCCUCCGAUGGUUUCAAUGGGAAAACCAUUGCUAUGACCAUCUCUAACUUCUGGGCUGAAGUUACUCUGGUGGAGAGCCAUACUUUGACUUUAGUCCCUCAUCCACUGAAUGAUCCCACAGAGUUUGGCAGUCUGCAGGACCUGUUCUGUAUCAGCAGGCAGGAGGGGUAUCUGGGAGGUCUCCGUCUGCUACAGGCGACAUGCAAGAAGUUCUACCAAUUCUGCUCCAAAAGAGGCAUUGCUUUGACGAAGCAGAACUUCACUCUGAAGUAUGACACCAACAUUCCUCGACAAGUGGGACUUGCUGGAAGCAGCGCCAUUAUUUCAGCUACUCUGAAGUGUCUCAUGAGGUUCUACAAGAUCACAGACAAUGAUCUCCCUAAACCAGUUCGAGCUAACUUCAUCCUCAGUGUGGAGAUGGAUGAGCUGUUCAUUACUGCUGGUCUACAGGACAGAGUUGUGCAGCGACAAAGACUAGACUAA